GCUUCUUCAGAGAUGCGUGAGCAGAUCAACCCUCACAGUGCGAUCGGGCUGCGUAGAGGAGCAGGUGUAUCGCGGGGACCGGCGAGCUCAGCUUGAUCCGUACAUGCAGACAGCAUUAACACACAGUUCCGUAUUGUUCACUUAUCAGAAAACUAAGUCAGAAAACGUAGUCGGUGGUGCACCCUCGAAGAGCCAUGAUUUGGACUGCUUUAAUACUGUGUUUCGUAACUUUCACUUUUGGGAAUAGAACAGACGUGCGGCUGCCUUUCUUCCACGGGCAUGUUUUUGAGAACUCCCCACCAGGAUCCAAGGUAAACGGAAUUAGCAUCCCAUUCAGACGGACAGAUGCGCAAGAAUGGUGUGCGGCGGCAGGUACGCACGUACAACUACUGGGGCAAGGCAGCGACCACUUCCACGUCUUUGCUCAUCACAAGAGCGGACAUUUCUUGCUGAGAACCGCAGAAAUGCUGGACAGGGAAGAGCAAUCUGAAUACAUCAUUGGGCUCGGUUUAUGCUGCCAAAGUUGCGAUCGCGCUCACCUUGUGGUGGCCGAAGUUGCGUCCCUGAAAAUCGACAUACUGGACACGAACGACCACGAGCCCAUCUUCCCCUAUUCCGACGUGAAGAUAACUUUGGAUGAUGCUACAGCCAUCAGAUCUGUAGUGUUCAAGGCGGCAGCCCAUGACAUAGACAGUGGCAAAAAUGCGGAAUUGAUUUACUUCAUACUUCCAAAAAAUAACAGUUUCUAUGCGGUGCCAAAAACCGGUGAUAUUAUUUUGGUGGAUUCCAUACUGGGAUUUGCCAGCCCGAUUAACUUUGAGGUGUUUGCGAGAGACCGUGGCUGGCCCUCCCGCACAAGUAAGAGUUUGAAAAUCGAGAUAAAUCCUCGGCUCUGGGCAGCGGCGCACCCGCCCCACAGUGAUGCAUCUGCCCCCGGAAUUUCACGGAGGUCGCGGUCUCUCCUCGUUUCCGAUAGCGCCCUAGUUAUUAACGUAUCCGAAGAUGCCGGUAUCGGUUCAGUUGUAAUGAAUCUUAUGCCGGUGAAAUUUCAAACGGCUAGUUUUGAACUGAUGAACCCAAGCUCCGAGGCCAGUCCGGUCAUGGUGAGUCGCGACAGCGGGGAUGUCGUGAUUGCCCGGCGCCUGGAUAGGGAGACGGAGCCGGUCAUAGACACGAUUGUUAAAAUUCAAGAUAAACAAGGUCCAGACUGGUAUUUGGUGCACGUUGAGGUAAUGGUCACAGACGUGAAUGACAAUGCACCCGAAUGGACCAUGACACCCACCCCCUACCUGGCCGUGGUUUCUCCGGAUGCCCCUCCUGGAACGCUGGUCUACAACCUGCACGCACGCGAUGACGACGAGGGCAACAACGGGGAAGUGGAAUACUUCCUGUCUGACGGGGGCGACGGCCGCUUUGAAGUAGACAGGAGGAGCGGCCAGGUGAGGACGACGGGGCUGCCGCUGCAGAAGGACAGGGAGUACCUGCUCACGGUGGUAGCGGCUGACAAGCUGGGCAUCCGCGGCCCGGCUGCCCUGUUGUCCGUGAUCGCGGGGCCCCGGGCACCACAGUUCACCAACGCCUCCUACUCCGUCUUCAUCGCUGAGAACACGGCCGAGGGCCAGCCGUUCAUCACGGUGUCGGCUACAUCCUUCCAGCAACAGAAGCUCAGCUACAGCCUUCUCAUCAACCCCAGCAGCCUCUUCUCCAUCAGACCAGACACGGGCGAAAUCAGCUUGACCCGCACCGUUGACUAUGAAAGUGACCAGCACCGGUACCUGCUGCUGGUGCGAGCCAGCGAGAGUCAGGACACCCUAAGCAGCGCCGCUGAGGUACAGGUACUGAUACUGGAUGAAAAUGACUGCGUCCCAGAAUUCCUGCAAUCCAUUUACAGCAAAGACAGUGUUCCGGAGACGGUAACUACGGCAACCUCGCUGCUUCAAGUGUCGGCCAGUGACUGUGACUCUGACCGGAAUGCGAAGCUAACCUACCACACCUUGAGCCCCGACUUCACGGUCUCUGCUCACGGCACCAUCUUCCCAGCCCGCCCCCUGGACUACGAGCGGCCCAACCACCUCUAUGAGUUCAUCGUGAUGGCCGUGGACAAGGGGGAGAUGCCACGCACGGGGACGGCCACCGUCCGCAUCCGCAUGUCCAACGUCAAUGACGAGGCGCCCGAGUUUUCCCAGCCCAUCUAUAGGACCUUUGUGUCUGAAGAUGCUGGACCCAACACGUUAGUCGCCACCGUGCUGGCCAAGGACCCAGAUGGUGAUGGGAUUACAUACAAAAUCACAGUGGGCAAUGAAGAGGGCAAUUUUGUCAUUGACAGCCAGAAAGGGCUGAUCCGUCUUCGCUCCAGUCCACCCCCGAAAUUACGGGGUGUGGAGUACAUCCUCAAUGUCACAGCGACUGAUGACAACGCCUCAGGUGGGCCACACCCUCUCUACACCACUACCCAGGUCAUCGUGGGUGUAGACGAUGUCAACAACAACAAGCCCGUGUUUGAAAAGUGCCUGCAGUACAAGGAGCGGACUUCUGUACUGGAGAACCAGCCAGUGGGAACCUUCGUCUUGCAGGUUCACGCGGUGGACGCGGAUGAAGGCACGAAUGGGAAGGUGACAUAUGGGUUUAUGCACAAGGACAGCACUGUUCCUGCCUUCAGCAUCCACCCAGAGACAGGUGUGAUUGUGACAGCCAGGGAGUUUGACCGCGAGCGGCAGAGAGAGUACGCUGUCACGGUGACAGCCACUGAUAAGGCAGCGGAGCCUCUCAUUGGGAUUUGCCAGCUCAACAUUCUAAUCCUGGAUGAGAACGACAACAGCCCGAAGUUCGAGAACCUUCGCUAUGAGUACUUCCUGCGUGAAGACACCAUGAUAGGGACCAGCUUCCUCCGUGUGGCAGCACAUGACGAUGACUACGGCACCAAUGCUGCCAUCACCUAUUCAAUGUCCGCCGACAAACCCGAGUACCUGCAGGUGAACCCAGUCACAGGAUGGCUGUACGUCAACCAGCCCAUAUCGCAGAGGACCUACAUUACUCGUCAGAUCAUUGCCAAAGAUGGGGGGAACCAGAGCAGCACUGUGGAGCUAGCUGUUACCAUCACCAACGUGAAGAACCAGCCUCCCCAGUGGGACAAAAACAGCUACAAUGUAGUCAUCCCAGAAAAUACCAUGAGGGACACAACUGUUGUGACAAUCAAAGCUGUGUCAGCCUUGGGUGAUCCCAGGGUGACCUAUAACUUGGAGGACGGCAUGGUGCCAGAGACCAACAUGCCAGUGCGCUUUUAUCUGACUCCCAACCGCGAGGAUGGAUCGGCCUCCAUUCUGGUGGCUGAGCCUUUGGACUAUGAGACCACGCGUCACUUUACGCUGAGGGUCCGUGCCCAGAACGUGGCCCCUGUCCCCCUGGCAGCUUUCAGCACCGUCUAUAUCAAUAUCACUGAUGUCAACGACAACGUACCUUUCUUCACUUCCUCCAUCUACGAGGCAACAGUGACAGAGGGGGCUGAGGUUGGGACGUUUGUUCUCCAGGUGUCUGCUAAUGACCUAGACCUAGGUCUCAAUGGAAAGAUCUCCUAUUCGCUGCUGAGUGACCGGAGUGGAGACCACCGACUCUUCCACAUUGACCCAGAGUUAGGAGCUAUCUACACUGAGGCCGUGUUUGACCGGGAGAUGAAGGGCUCAUAUCUUCUGGAGGUGAAGUCAGAGGACGGGUGGGAGUCAGCCCGCCCAGGAAGACACGGGCAGCCCAACUCUGAUACAGCAUACGUACGCAUAUUCAUCAGUGAUGUGAAUGACAACAAGCCCAUCUUUGUUCAGAACAUCUAUGAAGUUGAUGUGGACGAGGACGCGGACGUGGGCUUUGCCGUUGUCACCGUCAGCGCCAAUGACGAGGAUGAAGGAGCCAAUGCCAAGCUGCGGUAUCAGAUCACUUCAGGCAAUACAGGGGGGGUCUUUGACAUGGAGCCCGAGGUGGGAACCAUCUUCAUCACUCAGCCACUUGACUAUGAACGUGUGAAGAAGUACAAGCUACUGCUCCUUGCCUCGGAUGGGAAAUGGGAGGAUUACGCCACCGUCAACGUCAACGUCAUCAACAAGAACGAUGAGGCGCCGGUCUUCUCCAUGAAUGAGUACUACGGCAGCGUGACAGAAGAACUCGACGGCUCUCCUGUCUUCGUGCUUCAGGGUCAUGGUGAACCUGGAGCCUACCUAACAACUAUAGGACAUGAGGCAGGAGACACCCUAGACAAGAUGCUAGCUGACUAUAUCACAGCAAAAGAGUUUAUCGAACGCCCGGCCAACAUGAGGAGCCGAUACGAGUUGUUCCGGGACUUUCUGUCUGAAAUGCUACCUGCCAGUCCUGACAAGAUAGACGUCUUCAGCCUGAUGGACGUGCAGGAGCACUCACUGGAUAUCCACUUCUCUGUGAUGGGCGCCCCCUAUGUGAAGCCAGAGAGAUUGCAUGGGUAUCUUUCUGCUCACAAGCAGAAGCUGCAGUCCUUCCUCCAGGUUAACGUCACCCGCGUGCAUGUGGACCCGUGCACGGAUGCGGCAUGUGGGCAGAGUGGAGGCUGCUCUAGUCGCCUGGAAGUGGGCGAGACUCCCACUGUAGUGGAUUCCGGGCGCGUGUCGCUGGUGUCACUGACUGUGACGGCCACCAUGGCAUGUGGCUGCGCUGGACGUGAGGAGACACACAAGACGUGCAGCUCUUACCACCAGAACCCCUGUUACAAUGGAGGCACGUGCGUUGACAGCCAGAGUGGCUACAGGUGCCAGUGCCCUUCGCAGUUUGAGGGCCCUGAGUGCCAGCAGACCAAGCGCAGUUUCCAUGGCAACGGGUAUGCUUGGUUUCCUCCCAUAAUGCUGUGCUUUGAGAGCCACGUCUCCCUGGAUUUCAUCACUGAGGUUGCAGAUGGCCUGCUACUCUACAGCGGGCCAGUGGCCCAGCUACAACCAUGGGAACCGGAGGACUUCAUGGCAAUAGAGAUCGUUGAUGGAGCUCCCACUCUGAAGAUUAACCACGGCUCCGGCACGCUGGUCUUACGGUUGCCUGGCAACGUCAACACAGCAGACAGACGGUGGCACCGGUUGGAUGUGAGGAGUAAUGGCAAGGAGAUACGCUUCACUCUGGACCGAUGCUCCUCUGCUGUUGUCAUGGAAAUGGAGGGUAUUGGGAGCUGGAUUACAACCAGGGAACAUUCUUGUGAGGUUACUGGAGUUACACCCAACCGAGACAGAUACCUGAAUAUGACCCAGGUUUUGCAGCUGGGAGGCGUCAAUGAAAACCUGCCAUACAUCUACCCUCAGUUACAGCACAAACACUUCUCCGGCUGCAUCCGGAAUCUCCUCGUGGACAGCAAGUUCUAUGAUCUAGGCUCUCCUGCAGACUCCCUCAACAGCUCCCCUGGCUGUCAGGUGACGGAUGGGCACUGUGUGAACAUGGGCAGCCCCUCCUGUGGACCCCGAGGGAGGUGUCUAGGAGAUUGGGGCUCCUUCAACUGCCAGUGUGCACCUGGCUACUAUGGGCACCAGUGCCAGCAGGAGGUUCCAGAAUAUUCCUUUGAUGGCCGGAGUCAUGCCCACUUGCAUACGACGUCCUUGUUCCUGGCUCGUCAAACUCACGUAGAAGUUCUACUGCGAACCAGGACCCAUGGUGGCAUCAUAGUUAGCCUGGUCUCUGAGGAAAGGACUGAAUACCUAAGAUUGGAGGUCUUCCAGGGUUCCUUGGCCGUCUUCUACAACCUUGGAGAUGGGGACUACAGCCUGGUGCUGCCUGCCUGCCGCUUGGACAAUGGGGAGUGGCACGAGGUCCAGCUGGAGCGCUACGACAACGAGCUGACCCUGAGGCAGAAUGGCGGCGGAGGGAGAAGAGAGGUGACAGCUUCCCCUGGGAGAAGCCGGGAGAUCGUCAUCGAUCCUGCUGCAGUGAUGAUUGGCAGCUCCUUUGUCAUCACCAACCGAAGCUUCCAAGGAUGCAUGCGAGACCUAAGGCUGAACCAUCAAUACAUACCUCUGGAUGGUCAGAAGAAGGAGCUGGCUUCUCUGCUCAGCUCUGAGGGGGUGUCCGUGGGCUGCUUCUCUGACUCCUGCCGAAGUAACCAGUGCAAUCCCCCCUUUACCUGCGUUGAUCUCUGGAGGGUUCACGAGUGCAGGUGUCCCCCGAGUCACAUGGUGAAGGAGAAUGCCACGGGGAAGUUCUGUGUGUAUACCCUGUGUGCCAGCCAGCCGUGCCACCGCGGCACCUGUGUGGCACAGACGCCCCUGCGCUUCAGCUGCCGCUGCCCUGAGGGAUACCGGGGGCAGCACUGUGAGGUCGCUCUGGCCGCCUACCGCGAUGACUUGGGUCUCAGCUUCAGCUCCAUGUUUGCCAUCUGCAUUUGCUUCAUGGCACUCCUGGUGCUUUUGCUUGGGGUUUUCCUGUGGACACGCUGGAGGAUCUACAAAGGAAUGAAGGAUGGUGUGUACCAGGUGUCUGCUCACCAUGAUGGCUGGGAGGACAUCCGUGAAAAUGUGCUCAACUACGAUGAAGAGGGUGGAGGGGAGGAGGAUCAGAAUGCCUAUGACAUGGUAGAACUACAGAAAUCUCUGCAGCCUAGCCCCGCCCAGUCUGUCCAGUACAGCCAAUCACGAGUGGCUCAUUUCCACCCCGCUACAGAACAGGACACAACCCUCACUGUAGGCUGUGCCACUACAUUACGCCUGGAUGUCCCACCCAUCCGGACUCAGCAGCAGGUCCAAAGCCGACCUUUGCUCCUAGCCCGCAAACACCUCUCUUUCUCCAGCCAGGACUUAGCACGGUACCUGUGUGAUGUCAUCAGGGACGCAGAGCAGCAUCUGGACAUGGCGCCCUUUGACUCACUGAGGGUCUUCUCCACCGAGGGUGGGGGCUCCCCUGCUGGCUCCCUCAGCUCAUUCAGCUCAGCCGGCCUUGAGGAAGACAGGGGCCAACAAAGUCUGACAGACUGGGGGCCCCGUUUCGAGAAACUCAGAGCACUGUACGAAAGGUCCGAGUCCAGUGACCUUUAAAGUCGCGCUCUAUCUUCUGCAGCAAGACACAAAAAACAUGGACGCUGAGGAGGUUACAGGAAGGAGGAAGAUGUUGCAAGAAAGUAAAGGACAUAAAAGGAAAAUAUGCUAUACCUGAAGGAAAAGGAAGGACUCCUUUGAAAUGGAAAGAAGGCCGUAUUUAUACUGAGUUCAGAUGGUGAACAAUGAACGUGGAAUUUAAGAAGCUGAGUACAGGGUUCUGUUGUGACAGACGGAUCAGCAUGUUUUAACUGGGAUAUGUUUUAUUUAGAAAUCCAGAGAGGGUUUGACCCCUGAACUCUGGCCUGUGACUUGCAGCUGCUCACCGAUGUAAUGACUUGUGCGUUUUUCCUGAGGGUGACGGGCAGCUCUCGUUUUGUUUUUUCAAAGAUGACCAUUUCCUUUUUAAAAUGAUUUCUUAAAUAUUGGACAUCCACUGUGGAGUUUGUAAAACAUGCUGAAGAAGAGGUGAAUCUUGGAGAACAAUUGUGCAGUACAGCAUAAUUUUGAAGUAAAUGUGUCAGCGGAUCAUAAGGAUCAGUGAAUUAAUUAUUAUUUUUCUUUAAUACUGGGACAUCACUGGUAACCAGGCGAAUGGACUACAGUGUAUGGACAUAUACAUGAAGAUGGUUCAGAUUUAAUAAAAAGGCACAGGGGUCAUUCCUUAAAAAUGUGGAAUCCAUGGACUUAUUUUUUAUAUUAACUGUGAAUGGGUCUGCUGGAUUUUGAUAUAUAGUUUUUACUUUUGUUUUUAAAACUAUCACAAAAAAUCACUAUUUUCAAAGGAAACCGAUAUUCCUGUUUCGAACACCAUUGCAUAGUCUGUGUAUAAUGUGCUUGUGAGGGUAUUUAUAUAUCAGACAUUUGCACAGUAAGGCAUUGUUGCAAAAAAUUGUUUAUUGCCCAGAGACAUUGAACUGAACUGCAUUUCUUGUAAGGCUCAAUGAACUAUCAUUGUUUGGUGAAUAGCAAAGUGCUGAGAAGAGUUGUAUUUCAUAUGUAGGAUAGUAUUUUGAUCAUUUUUAUAUAUUGCAGAAAUGUUGGGCUGUGUUGAUGAAAGCUGUGCUGAAAGGAAGCCGGCCUCUUUAAUCCUAAUGAGAACUGAUAGCUGGUAGUCAUGCUCUUUUCAAAGAAGGCCAGUCAUUUCUGCUGGUCUCAAGUCACAGAGUCACAGAUGCCUUUCAAAAGCUAGCAGCGCAAGUUUAAAAUGCGAAUUACCAGAAUCCGCCUGUAAAAGUGUAACUGAGUGGAUCCAUUUUUAUUCUUUUGUUCUGGACUUGAGAGCCGGCAGGAGGGGGAGUCUGGUUCACGGCCUAUAACACAUAUAUGUAUACUGAGCAUCAAAAGAAACUUAUGAAACCUUUUGCAGAGAAUUGCUUCCGAUUGUUUGUAACAGUGUAUUGAUUGACAACAAGGACAACAAGAAGCGGUGAAGUGAUCACUGCUGCCCUCAUUAUCUGGUGUAAUCUCUCUGUGCCGCUAUGAUGACAGUGCAUCUUGAUCUCUCGCUCAGUAUAAGAUUACAGUGACAGCCUGUGGUAUACUGGCCCACUCUUCCUGUAAUGCCAACAUCUUUCUGUUAUUGGGACAUGGUAACCAGGAGGCUAUGUGUUGACUUAGAACAUCCCAUAGGUGUUUGAUAUGACUCAGGUCUGGUGAGUAUGGUUCCCAAGGCAUUGAGCAUUCUGUUGUUGCUAAUCUUGAGCUGCACAAGGACGAGCGUUGAAAUACAGUGACAUCCUGGUCUUGUUGCAGGAAGGGAAAAACACAUCUCUAUUGCUGGAAGGUGUAGGGCUGUACCUGACUCAGAAUUUUGUCAAUCGAAUCAGAGUCAGCUGUUGAAUGUUACACUUAUGUAACAUUUUUCAAGACACCCAGGGUAUAGCAGGAUGACGCGACAGCAGCCAUUCUGCACCAGUAUGCUCACCACACAGUAACUAGCGUGCUGAAGGGGCAGGAGAGAAUUCACCAGUUAGAUACAGAUGAUUAAGAGCCUCUGUGGGAAAUUUUAACCGAGUGUCCCAGCCCUACUCUUCUGAAAGAUGCCCAGGAAUCUUUUAUGACCUCAGAGAGGGCCACACCAACGCCUCUCCCAGCAGUAACCCAGCUUUCUUAGUUGGUCUCCUAUCUAAGUACUGGCCGGGCCCAAACCUGCUUAGCUUCAUAUGGAGUACCUGGUCUGAACUGCAGGUGGUUUGGCUGCUCAAUACAAAUAUUCGACUAUUAGUUUUUUUUCCCGUAUAGUAUAUCUGGUACAAAAUCCAUUGGCAUGAGUUUCAGUGAUGAUUUAGAACAUACUCUGCAAUUCUCAGUGCAACUCCAGCGGUACACCACGCUUUGUUCUUUCUUUGUUUACAUUAUGGAUUUGUCAGAAUAAUGAGACAGGCAGCACACAUGGAUUGCUGUUUAAAUAAAGCUGUUAUAGCUGAGUUUGUUUGAAUAGCAUUGCCUGUGCUCUCCUCAAGCACGCAGAGAUUGGUCAUGAAGUAGCACAGGGCAACGCACAACCACCAGUUAAUUAAUUUGAAAUUAUAAUCGUUAUUUUGACAUAUUAAAUUACUGCCAUUUUCAGUCUCUGUUUCGUUUUAUUCAUGCCAGGUGCAGCACAGUAUGUACAUUGUAGCAGUCAAACAUACACCUUAAUUUAAUUAUAACCACAAUGAUAUCCUGAUAUCCAAUGAUUCUUUAGCUGUCAUAACCUGCCAGGCUGGUGUUGAAUUCACAGAGGGUGAAUAACAGGCUGAUGAUAUAUUGUUAUCGAUUUUUGUUCAUAGUGAUCCAUACUAACGCUUGAACAUUACACCCAAAAUUAAGGAAUAAUUAAUUUAGGCUAUUUGGUUUUUAGCAAUGCAUUUCAGCAGUAUGCCAUCUUUAGCGUGGUAAGACGGUAAGGGUGGCUUAGUAAGUCUGUCAUCUGACAUAUUUCCAAUAAAUCCAUGAGUGUAUGCGCUUGAGUGUGCAUUUUUUGGUUAUUAUUUAAGUCUUUAUUUAAACUGCGCCCAAAGAUUCAGCUGCCACCCUAUAGGUGGACUAGUAAUCACAGUCUUGCCUAUUGCAGAGAUUCAAAGAGGCUAUAGGCCCAAUUCACAGAGGCUAUAGGCCUAACUCAGAGAGAAUAUAGGCCUAAUUCACAGAGGCUAUAGGCCUAAUUCACAGAGGCUAUAGGCCUAACUUAGAGAAGCUAUAGGCCUAACUCGGAGAGGCUAUAGGCCUAACUCAGAGAGGCUAUAAGCCUAAUUCAGGGAGGCUAUAGACCUAAUUCACAGAGGCUAUAGGCCUAACUUAGAGAAGCUAUGGGCCUAACUCAGAGAGGCUAUGGGCCUAACUCAGAGAGGCUAUAAGGCUAAUUCAGGGAGGCUAUAGGCCUAAUUCAGAGAGGCUAUAGGCCUAACUCAGAGAGGCUGUAGGCCUAAUGCAAAGCCAGUUGCAUGCAAUGUUUCUCUAAGUUAUUUAUAAGUUAAUAAGAAUGCUGCUUUGUCACUGAUCCAACCCGCCUGCACCAGAAUUAUUUUCGGGUAAGAUGACCCAAACCUGCCCUAUCCACGCAUCAGGAUCCACGGGUUACAGGUAGACCUGUGCAUCACUACUGCCCAGAUAAGUGCUAAUGCUGAUUUUUUUUUUUGUGAGCAACCUGCUAGCCUAUAAAAAUAUCUUUAUGAUUCCCUGUAUUUAUAAUUCCUCAUUGAUAUGUUAUAUCUUAAUGCUGAUUGCCAGACUAUACUCACCUUAAUUGCAUAUUAAUCUCCACAAAUUCAAUCAACCAUGAUCAGGUGAUUGGCUCUUAGGUAUUUACAUAAAAUUAUUAUAGGAGAAUGUGUCACAUCACAGAAACUGGAAACUACCCCAUUGAAAAACUUAAGUUUCGUUUGAUGCUCAGUAAGUAUACACACAGGUAUCCGGCAACUUUCGUCUGCAUUUGGGACCAAGUCCAGGACCAUCGGACGCAAGUCACUUUGGCCGUAUCUUGAUAGUUAUAGGGGAGAUGCAAGACAUCAAGUGCAGUACUGUAAUAUGCACACACUACUCUCCAGCAAAUAAUAAUGUAAAUAAUUCAAAUGUAAAUAAUGAUGUAAAUCACAAAACUUUAUAAUAAAAAGUCGUACACCUGCAAACGUCCUACUGCGUCCGCUGUCAGGCGUCUCUUGAUCACUGUAUGUUAUUUACAAUGACCCUCAGAUGUAAAUGUGAUCAGACGCCACUCAAUAUGAUGUAAGUCAAUGGAUACCUAUAUUAUAUAUUACGUUGCUUUUGAUUUAUUCACUGGAUUUCUUGUCAUGUACUUGCCGUGUGCAAUCAAUGGUUUUCACUCUGUUUCACAUAACGGCAUAACAUCACACUGUAUUCCCUCAUUUGUAGAUACUCCAGCACACAUUUUAAAACAAUUGUAAAAACAAUUAUGAAAAGGCCAAUGAAAGUCAGUAA